UCCUGUAUCAGAUGUUCAAAAUAAAAUUUUUCCAGGCGUUAACCAGCAGAAAAAGGCAUGGCACACAAUUAAAACCAUGGUAAACUUACCAGUUAUCAGCCCCUUCAAGAAACGCUACUCAUGGGUGCAGCUGGCUGGGCAUACAGGGAGUUUCAAGGCAGCUGAUAGUGGGAAGAUUCUCAAACGCUUCUCAGAGAAUGAAAAGGAGUGUUUUGAACGAUUGAUGAAAGACCCAUUACGCUCCUGUGUCCCUUGCUUCCAUGGUGUGGUGGAGAGAGAUGGCGAGAGUUACAUUCAGCUGGAUGACUUGCUUACUGAUUUUGAAGGGCCUAGUGUGAUGGACUGCAAGAUGGGGAUCAGAACAUACCUGGAGGAGGAGUUGACUAAGGCACGAGAGAAACCAAAGCUGCGUAAGGACAUGUACAAGAAAAUGAUUGAAGUGGAUCCUCUUGCUCCCACAGCUGAAGAGAAUGCCCAGCAUGCUGUAACCAAACCCCGAUAUAUGCAGUGGAGGGAAACCAUCAGCUCUAGUGCCAACCUGGGCUUCAGGAUUGAGGGAAUUAAGAAGGCAGAUGGAACAUGUAACACAAACUUCAAAACUACGAAGACACAGGAGCAAGUUCUACAGGUUUUUGUGGAAUUCAUUGAGGGCAACACAACUAUUCUGGUGAGUCUGAACUCUUCAGGUUCACUGACCCUGGGCCCAAUGAACUUGCUUCAGGGCCAUGCUUUCUUUGGUGCAUGA